GCUGAGAACCGUAAUACGGCAGAAAAAUCAGCAGAAAACACGAAGUCAACUACACCAGUCAUCAGUUUUCCGUGCUCUGAGAACCUCGUUAAUUUUUUGCAAGUCUCCAGAAACUUUGAACUUUGCUGAUGUUCUAUUGAUUUAUUUAGAAAGUAUUGAAAUAUCAGCUUGUGCUAUUUUCAUAAAUUGCGCGGGGUUCAACUUGUGCCUCCAUCUGCUGGCAGCCGUGAGCGGGGAGUGUUGAGAUAUUAUCCUUUCAUAGAAAUACUAAACGGAUAGAAAGGUGGAAAAUAUGAAGUUCUCCUCAGCAUAAGAACCUGAGAGUUUUAUUCUUUAAACCGGAUUGUCGUACCUUGUAUCUGUAUUAUAAAUAUGAACAAGAAAAGUAAGAUGAAAGCUCGCAACAACCCCAAGCGAGCCUCUCUUCGGUUAUAUCGACAAUUAAGGCUGGCAGCUGGUGAAGCUGCCGCUUCAAGAAGACGUCCUUGCUUAAGGAUAUCGAGAACGGUGGAGCUAAUAAAUCAAAAAGAUAAUAACUGGAGAAGUGAAAAGUCAAAAUUGUUGUUCAUGGUAGGUAUAGGACUAACUCCAGUUGAAAAUUCUAAUGGACUGAUAUUACCAUCAAUUAAAAUCGAUACCAUACCCCCUGCAGUAUUAGAAAAACUGAGGAUUAAGUAUGAAAAAGCUCGAGCAAAGGAGCGUGAACGCAUCAAAGAAGAGCAUAGAAUUGAAAGGUUACGUCGGUUUGAAGUUAUGAGAACCUGGAGGAUGAAUAACUCCAAACAGCCUCUCGGGCCCAUAGAAGUUAUAGACUUAUCCUCAGAUGACGAUAUGAAAGAAGAAAAUAUAUCCCAUAUCCUCCCUGACUAUCCAAAUUUACAUAUUUCAUCAGCGAGUCCUGGCGCCCAUCAAAAUCAUAAUACGAUGGGAGUACUUCGUAACAAUUUCCGUAACGGUUCGACGAAUAAAUCUCAAAGCUACAAUUUUGCUAAGCCAACAGUGAUUAAAAGGCUACCGUACGCUCAUAUUGUCAAUAAACCAAGAGCCAGACACAUAUACAAUUCACCAUUCCUUCACCGACCCAGGUCUCCUGCAGCUCCUCCAAGUCCGCGACGUCGUAAUAUCCAAAUGUUCCCUUCCUCUCUAGCACCGCCAAAGCCUUCCAAUUGUAUUUUUAUUGCACCUUCGCCGGCAAUGCAAGUUACACAAGAAGAAGUGAUAAGUAUUUCGGCUAAUAUUAAACGAAAGACUGCUAGUCUUGCUGUUAGCAAUACAAGUCCUUAUGGCUUUGAUGCUCACCUAAUAGUGGACAGUGGGUUACCAGAUUCUAUGGAGGACGAUAUUAUUCUAGUUGAUUAAUUAUUCUGUACUGGGAUUUAUAAUUAGGGUCCUAAUAUCUACAUGCACUUAUUCCUUAUUCUCAUAUUACUAGACUUUUCACGUGUGAUAAAUGCAUUUUAUAUGAAGGAAAGGGUAGAGUUUAAAUAAUUCGGAUGCCUUGAGUAAAGAUUUUAAAGCCAAAGUUUUGUUGUCUACAAUCAAAUGUACCGUUCAUUAAAUGUAUUUUUUGAAUGUUGCAGCAAAUAUUACUUGAUUACUAUAUUACUUGAUUGAAGUCAAUUACUAUAAGGUAUUUUUAUACAAAACAACUAUAUUUGACUAUUUUUGUAGCAUAAAUUUUUCAACUUAUACUAAAAGAUUCAACUGCCAUAAUUAAUGUCGUUUGAAUGAUACUGCAAUGAUAUUUAUAUUGUUGAUGCGCGGAUAUAAAUACUAUGUGAAUCGCAAAAAUUUUACGUAAUAAACGUACAGUUUCCGUAUAAUUACCGGAAAUUAUCAUAUUUAA